AUGCAGACUCGAGCUGCCGCAAGACUUGCAGCGAAAGCUGCCUCCCAGCCUCAGGUGACAAAGACAGAGCCUGUGAAGGCUGGAACAAAGCGCGCAGCAGCUACCCAGCCUACUGAGACCCGACAGGCGAAACGACGUGGAGCAAAAUCCAAGCAGCCAUCUCAGCCAGUAAAGAAGGCCAUUGAUGUUCUUCCUCAUGGGUUGGGAACUAUUCAUGAUGGGAAAAGCAUCCAGGCUACAAGCGGCGUUCAGGGGGGACACACAUCUACUCCAAACGACGAUGACAAGCUGAAGAUCAGUGGCCACCAGAAGAACGAUGAUGUCCAGAAGGGUACUGCUAAAGAGAAGAGUACUGCUGGCGGAAAAGAUAAGAAGAGAAUCCCUAAUCCCUACGGUCUGAUGCCUGGCCGAACGCCCUUUCCUAACCACCAGGGCCCAACAGCAGAACAAUGCCAAAUUGUUCACGAUAUACUCACUGCACAGCAUGGCGAGAGAAAGUCUCCAAGCAAGAUCCUGCCACCAUCUACUGAGGUUGCAGGAUGUGGUGAGGUACCAGACAUCUUGGACGCAAUGAUGCGAACAAUGGUUAGCGCGAACACAAAGAUGACCAACGCGGACAAGGUCAUCAAAGAAAUCAUCAAGGCGUACGGUGUGCUCGACAAGGAUGGUCUUGGGGCUGGUAGCAUCGACUGGAAUGCUGUCCGGAUGUCCCCGAUUCAAAAGCUUCGGAAGGCGAUGAUUACUGGUGGACUUUCUAAGGUGAAGAGCGAGCAGAUGAAGGAAAUCCUCAACAAAGUGUUCGAGGAGAACCAACUCAGAAAGGCAGCAUUCGUCAAAGAAAAGGAAUCAGGAGAGGCGGCAAGUGUGAAAGGAGCUGCCAAAAUGAGCCAAGGCCAAAAGGACCACCAACUACUCAAGAUUGACAACGGAAUUUUGACACUGGACCACAUCCGCACCAUGCCAGCAGCCGAAGCAAUGCCAGAGAUUCUGCAGUACAAGGGCAUUGGCAUCAAGACAACUUCAUGUCUUCUCCUUUUCUGCCUCCAGCAACCCAGCUUCGCAGUCGACACGCACGUUUGGCGAUUCUGCCUGUGGUUGGGAUGGGUUCCCAGAAAGGCAAGUGCCGAUAAAACCUUCAAGCAUUGCGACUACCGAGUUCCCGACGAGUUGAAGUAUGGCCUCCAUCAGUUGUUCAUCGUGCAUGGGCAGCAGUGCUACCGCUGCCGCAGUGGCACCGCAAAGGGUACGGCUCAGUGGAAUUCUGUCGUCUGCCCCCUCGAGCAUCUCCUAGACCGUUUCGAGAAGCACGAGGCUAAGGCGCCCAAAAAGUCGACGAAGGCCAGUCUCAAAGAGGAGAAAACCAAUAUUGAGGAGCCUUCCAAGGAGACGGUGGAUGAGGACACGGAGCAGGCACUCAUGGAAGAUGAUGGCGCUGAAGACGAAACCCAGAGUCGGUCUUCUGAAAAUGGAAGUGACGGCAACGCAAUCUAG